ACCCAUUGACGACGCUCCUUUCGGGCUUUCGGUCUUCACGCGUCUUCCGCUACUUCGUUGUGCAGAUUGUGCCUGCUGUGGUUGGAUUAGUGCUUGGUACACUAUGGUGUUGCUCGAGAAUGAAUCGUUUCUAAGCGAACUGACGAAGUUGUUCCAAAAGUACAGAAGCAGUGGUUCCGUCUACAUCACCAUGAAAAGAUAUGAUGGCAGAACCAAGCCAAAGCCACGGCAAGAGAAGCUCGCUGCCAAUCCAAUCCAGCCACCAGCAGAGUACAAGUGCCUACUCAGAGCGCAUGCUGGGCCAAACAAAAUCAGCACAGUGAUUAACGCCAAGGACGUCAACAGGUUUCAACUGAUUCAGCGGUUGGGAUCAAACCUGCAACCUCAUACUUGGCAGUGCAACGUCAUAGCCACUGAGCUACCGUGGCAGGCACAGCAGAUAAGUUGAACGCGGUCACUCAUGGCAACAAGAGUGCUGUUCCUCUGGUGUCGUAAACAGCAAGCACAGGGUGACCAGCAGAAGCUAUCCCUUUGAUAGCGUGGAUCGGUAGCGCACAUGCCGAUUUAUACACAUCAACAUACACACAACCCUCAGUUUCACAAUUUCAGAACAGGUGAUAAUAUACCCAGCAGAACCCAAAAUGUCGCCGCAUUUUCUAGCUAACCAAACGACAAAAAUAUUGGGAGCCCACCGAACCAGAGACCGAAAAAUCCAUACUGUAGGGCGCAGUUCCACAAAAUGCAACUCUGAAGAUGUUGCAAUCACUCUGGCUAAAUUGAGUAGUAAGUCAAAAACGAAUGCGGUUCCCUAAAUUACUACCGAUGGUUGAUGAUAUGAACUGUAAACAGUCAGGUUGUCUACCUCUAGCUUCCGUCUUCUUCGUGGCGUUUGAUUGGUUACAGUGUCUGUUUUCCUCCAUCAACAUUUCUUGAAGAUAUAUGGUGUGGUCCUGAACACAGUUGUUGGGUUGGAAAGUUGUUCCCAACCCAACCUGUGAAUGCCUGUGCUUGCAUUAUUGUUGUGUGCUGAUGAAAGGCAGCAUGCAAACUGUACUGACAGAAAGAAAACGAGAACACUGCUAAUAACUUAAUUUUUGUUGAAGGGAUGCAGAAACUUAAGCAAUGCAAAAGAAAGAGCCUAUAAAACAGGAAAACUAAAAGUGUGCAUUUAAAUUAUAUUCCUCUUUAAGGCUUGUACACACCGAAGAAAUAUAUUAAGAGCAGAGCAUUGGGCAAGAUGGCGUAGAUACAUGGUUAGGGGCAGUGCAAAAGAUGAAGACGGAGAAAGCACAACAACAAAGUCUCGCUAUUUUCUUCGUCCCUUGUGCUGCCCCCAACCAUGAGAAAGACAUUCUUGUGCAUAGCCACGGCCUCAAGAAAUGCAACUCCUGCCUUUCUUGGCGUGUCGUUGUUCGCGUUAUCCAAGAAUAGUGUGUUCGUGUGGACAAGCCUCGGAUAAGAAUGUCGUUUAGAUGGCGCAGAAAAUCCAGUGAUGGCGUCCAGUGUCAGACGUCGCUUCGGCAAAAGGAAUUUUGAACCAAAUUCCAAACCACGCAUACCCAACCACUCUUCUACCACCAAAGUUGCUGAUAUGUUGUCUUUCAUUCUUUACAAAGUUAUUCCUCGGAAUUUUGAGAACGGCAACCCACAAACAAAUGUGAUGGAAAAAAACACCCACAGUGCAUAUUUUUUAUGUUAGUUCUUCUCGGACUGAAAUAUUAAAAGUUCGAAACAAUAACAGGAGAUCGACCCUAGCAAGAGGCGGCAUUACCUGCAUCCCUUUAAUAAAAUUCAGUUGUUAAUUAUUCAGCGGUGUUCUCUUUACCGUUGUCCCUGUGUAAAACAUUUAACACUGGCCGAACCUGUCGAUAUGCGCCAGUUUGUUCCGCAAGAUAACUAUACUUUUGUGAAUUUGGCCCCAGUUAUCAGUUAAUUCGAUCCCGAGUGAAAAUGCUGGCCUGCACCCAUUCAUUUCUACAGAUCCAAAUUUGUUACUUCGGUCAUGAAAUUAGCCUUCGCCACAUGACUGGUCAUCGUGCAUGCACCUGACCCUAAUAAUAACCCCGACAGUGGCAGCGCCUGUCUGGACGGUUCAGGAGGUAUUGAUGUGGGUAGGAUCAUUCUAAAGUCAACGCACUUGUUGAGACAAACCUUAUAUCGCACACACGAGCACUGUUGUCAAUGCUCUUGCUUGUGCGAUUCACUGUUCAUCCAUGUCUCAGCUGGUGGUGGCACUUAGGGGACAGUGAAUGCAUCGGAGACACGUUAAAACUCCCAAUUUGCAGCCAAGAAUCGAGCAAAUACCCCAAAACGAAGCAGUGGUUGUGUUCCAACAUGUUUUACACACAGUAUAUUGAAUUUGGCCCACCAGAUAAUUCGAUCAAUUUUAUGAAAGUCGAUUUUACCAUGUUAAGUGUCAAGUGCGGCAUGAGAAUCUGUGCACAGUUGAAAUGUUUUC